AUGGACACCAGAAAAGAAGAUGUGGAGCGCCUCCUGGUGAACAAGUAUCCUGGUCUGGAGGCACAACUUCAAGCUAGUGGUUCUUUGAUCAUAAGAGGCGUUAUUUGCAGUGAGGAUAUUUGGCAUCGCCUUAGGCUCUAUUUACCUCAAUAUCCAGCUCUUGAUAGUUUCCAGCUAUAUGUGCAGGAGGGCGUGGAGUUCAAGAUCUACACGUCGGAUAACCUAAAGUUACAGGACGAAUGGAAGCUGGAGGAUUUGCUGGACAAUCUGGGAAAGAUUCUUCCGGCCAAAAAAGCAGAGACAUGUUCUAAAAAGCAAUGGCCUCAGGAAAAUAUAUACGAAGAUAUCCUGGCCCUGCACAAAUCCAAGGAGUUCCAAAUGCAAAUCGAUGAGGCUUGUUCCCGCCUCCGUUUCAGCGAUUUCAGUGACUACGAGCAGCAUUAUCUUGAGCUGGAGAUACCCUCGUUACGCUUGGUCGAUCACAGCCUGCCGGAAUGCGUACCCUUCGGCGAAAUGCUGGCCAAGAAUGCCGGAAGCCUGGAGCAGAUCCUCACCCUCUACCGCAAGCUGCUGGAGGAGCUGCGUCCGUUCUACGACAACUUCAUGGACAUCGACGAGCUGUGCCAUGUGCUCCAGCCGUCGCCCAUCACGACCAAGCACAACACCCGUGUGUUUCCGCUCAAGGAUCGCGUCUACUUGAAGUUGACCAUUGGGGAUCCCUUCGCCUGCGUCGCAUCCAUGGCCCUGAAGAUCAUUGGACCCACGGAUGAGGUGGCCCGACUGCGUCACGUGCUCAGCGAUGGCCUGGGCAACUGGGACUCCGAGCUGGACAUCCACAAGAACCUGCUGCGCAUGUUCGACCUGUGCUACUUCCCAAUGCCGGACUGGUCCGAUGGUCCCAAGCCGGAUGAGGAGGACAACGAGGAGCUGCGCUGCAACAUUUGCUUCGUCUAUCGGCUGGAUAGUGGCGAUGUGCCUUUAGUCUCCUGCGACAAUCCGAAAUGUGUUCUCAAGUGCCAUGCCGCCUGCUUGGAGGAGUGGUUCCAGACGCUAAUGGACGGCAAGACCUUCCUGGAGGUCUCCUUUGGCCUGUGUCCCUUCUGCAAGGCAAAGCUGUCCACCUCCUUUGCGGCACUUCUGAAUGAUUGAAAAUUGU